GACGAAGUGAUUAUUGGACCAAAUGGUUAUUUGACGAAAUGGUUGUUAGACGAAGUGUUGACGGACGGAAUGGCAUUAGACGAAAUGAAGUAAGACCAUGAAUGGGCAAAUUCCCAAUAGACGAAUCAGCAGUUAACCGACGCAGAUAUUCAUCUGACGUUAGUCAUAAUCCUUUAUAGAAAGAAAUUCUUCAAAUUGGCAAUAGCCAACCUGCUUGAGCCAUGCCAUAGUUGCCGGAUACUUUAAUUCUUUACGUAAUGAAUUAAUGUCUGCCGGUGAGGAGUCGCUGACGUAAUCGUCGAUUUGUAAUUUAAAAAAUGGACCAAAAUUCGUUCCCAUCGUCCGGUCUGUUUGGUUCAUAUGGAGCUUAUUCAUCUAGUGAUCCAUCUCUAAACAUACCAGUCACGUCAGGAGCCAGUGGGUCCCUCUCUCCCUACCUGAAUGUUGAUCCGAUUUAUCUAAAUCAGGGCGAUUCACAGUUCAUCAUCCCCAAUGGGCAAGCUAGAACGAGAGGCAGAUUUGAGCUGGCUUUCUCUCAGAUUGGUGGUUCAUGUCUGGCAGGUGCUGCAUAUGGUGCUCUGAACGGCCUGCGUAUAUCAGGUGCUGAGACGAAAGAACUUGCCGGCAGAGUACGGAUGUCACAAAUGUUAACACUGGUCACGAAACAGGGAGCCUCCUCUGCAAAUUCAAUAGGAGUUGUUGCCCUUAUGUACACUAUCUUUGGUAUUGGUCUUUCAUGGAGUAGAGGAACAGAUGAUGAGAUUAACACAUUGGGUGCUGCAACCAUGACUGGCUUACUUUAUAAAUCUUCUGCUGGAGUGCCCAGAAUGCUUCGGGGCGGAGCCGUCGGCCUGACCCUUGCUUCAGCCUACUGUUUGUACCAAAACCGAGACAAAUUGACGUCGGUUGGAAGCAAUACACAGUACUAGAUCGCCACCGGAGCUCUGAUAGUUGAACUGUAUUUAUUGACAAAGACUCUAUGAUGAUCUAUUUGUGGACAUGCCUCUUCUGAUCAUGGAUAUCGUGGUUUGGAAUAUUAUCGAUGCCAAGGAGUUGAGGACCCUGUCUUACAAAGAGUUGCGAUGAUUUGACCAAUCACAAGUAUGAAAAGCCAGCAACGCUUGCAUCUAGAAUGCAUACAUGUGUUGAAAGUGUUUUCUGAAGCCCAGGGCCCCGUCUUACAGAGAGUUGCGAUUGAUCCAAUCAAUCUCAACUCUGCCUCCUUUUCUUUGGGUAUCAUGUUAUGCAGAAGUCGGUUCAUAAGAUGAAGUCGCCAUCCUAUUUGAUUUCUUGUUAAUAUCUGAAACAUUGUACAAGAGGUCUAACGCUCUGUCAAGGUCUUGAACCCACAACCCUCCUAUUGUGAGGUCACUGCUAAUCCAUUCUUGCUUCAACCGAAGAUAAUGCAGCUUUGAUCAGUAACGUUAUUGGCGCUGUAUCAUUCGGCUCUAAACAAGAAAUUGACUGAGAUUUGUGCGAUAAAUAUACCUACUGUACAUCCCUUGAAAGUGGAAUACAUCAUCACUUUGGCAGUCUGGUUUGUUGUGAUGUCUGCACAAUACCCAUAGUCCACUGUCAAGAGAUACAUGUCUGCCGCCCUCUCUUGUCGAAAAAAAUAUUGAGUAUCAAAUUAUAACGAUAAAGAUUGACUUGGGAAGUGCAUAACAGAUAGAACCUCUCUCAAUGCACUUUACAGUGGAAGACAUAUAUUCACAUAGUAUAAAACAAAGUUAAUGUAAGAAUUACAUACAAAUUUGUAAUAAAUUAACAAAUCCAAAUUCAUUAGGGUGGAUGGAGCGUAUAACAAGAGAUUACCAGUAUCCCUAGAUGAGUAGCGACAUUGGCAUCUGAAUUUUUCUGGACCCAAAACGAUGUUUAUUCUCACAAUUCAAGAAGGGUGGGUGUUCUUAAUAGGCUACUUGGAUUGAUGCAUUGCGCAAUGAUGGACACACUUUGGCAUUCAUAUCUUGAGUCGGCAUUUUUCUAUAAUCAAGGUACGCUUGUCGAGAUUAAUGAUGGGCGCCAUCAUAUUCCAAAUUGAUAUGGAAAUGUCAUACACGUAUGAUCUUCUUUGAGGGCUUAAAUUAAUUGAUCAGUGGCUCAAAUCUUUUAAUUUAUACUUUUUUUCUAAGUUUUUUGAUGGUGUUACUGACAUUAACAACUUACAGGGGAAGUUCACCCUGACAAAAAGUUUAUUCAGAAAAUAGCAGAAAAAGAUAUUGCCGAAAGUUUGAGAAAAAUCAGUCAAAGGAUUGAAUGGUUAUUAGAAUUUUAAUUGUUUGAUUUGUGACAUCAUAUGCGAGCAGCUUUCCUACAUAUCGUAUGGUAAAAAAAUUAAUGAAUUGUCAUUUUCUCAGAUAAGUGAUAGUGUUUUACUUUACCUUCAGUAUAUCAAUAGACAAAUCAUUUCACACCCGUCCCUAAAAUGAAAACAAAAAUAAGUCAUCACGAAUCAUAAAAAAACUUAAAUUUAUACAUUUUAUAUUAGAUAACAUAUGGGGCAGCUGCUCGUUUAUGACAUCACAAAUCCAAAACUUAAAUUCUAAUAACUUUCUUAAUCUUGAAUGGAUUUGCAUCAAACCUUCGCCAAUAUUUUUUAUUAUUGUUUCUGCUAUUUUAGCAACAAACUUUUCUUCAGGGUGAGCUUCCCAUUUAAUAAAAUGGAAUUUACCAUUCCUGUUUUGUUUUCACUGACGGGUUAUUUGGCUAGAAGGGAAAUGGAGAAACAAGGAGACUGAAAUAGAAGGGCAAAACGAAAGAGGAGGGGGAGGGUGUACAAUUUUUUUUCUCCAUUUGACCUCUUUGCCCCUUUUUAUUUCCGUACCACAGGCGACAUAUUUUGAAAUCUUUGACUCUUGAACUUGUUAUUUUUCUUCUAAAUCUCACCACAAUUUUAAUACAAAAGAUAGAAAUUCUGCUUUUUUAGCCUAUCCUUGGACUAAACCCUGCAACAUUGUAAGGGCAAUCAUCAUUUAAUAAGCCAGUUUGUAGUUCCACUCUGCGCACGAUCAGAAGAUUCUGUGCAUGAUCAGAGGAAGGUCAUUUGUACUAAAGUGACAUGGUGGUUUAAAAUUUAAUGAGACAAGCACCAAAUUCGAUGUCUUGAUUAUUCAUAUAUUCUUUUGAAUUGUGUUUUUCAUUCACAUCCACAAAAAAAUGCAUCCACGAAUGACUGGUAUAUUUCACAGUUUGCCAAGUACAUUGUACAACAUCCUCUAAUAUGCAUUCAAAGUAGAAAUGCAACAAAUAACUUCAUAGAGUUUUCAUUGAUGUGCUAUUCUAGUCACCUGGUCUAUUCAAUUUCUUCAUCCUGCUAUGUAAGGCAUGCAUACAUAAUAUCUUGCUUUGAAAUCUACCUAUCUUAAUGAAAGAAAUGAAAGGUCAUUUGACCAAAAUUGUCCCAGAAGUAACUACGAACUGGUCUAUUGCACCACGCUCCACAAUUUUUCUGAUUUGUUGCAUAUUAUUCAAUAGCUGUAUGAUUCUGAGUUGUAUCCUUGAUGGAAUGAACCCUAUUCUGACUUGAGGAAGAAAAUGUUGGAAAAAUGGGAAGGAAAGGGGAACGGAGAGAGAGAAAUAUGUGUUUCAUUAAACUGCAUUGUAGAAAAGAAUGUAUGAAACAGAAAAGAUGCAAAAAGAAGUGAAACCUACAAGAGGGUGACAUCUUCCUCUAUAUUGGGGGGGGGGGGCAUCGUGGUCUAGUGGUUAAGACUCUCGUCUUUCAAUCUGAAGGACAUGGGUUCGAUUCCAAGCCAUGGCGCGUUUUCCUUCAGCAAGAAAUUCACCCACAUUGUGCUGCACUCGACCCAGGUGAGGUAAAUGGGUACCUGGUAGGAAGAGUUUCCUCAGAGAGCUGCGAGCUCCAGAAUCGAUAGAUUAGCUAGCUCCGAUAUUACCCCGACUAGCUAGUAGACCAGCUAGCCAGGGUAAUAAAGGAGCGCCUCGAGCACCAACAAGGUGGAUAUGUGCACUAUACAAAUCUUAUAUCAUUAUUCCUAGUUUUGCUGCCUUUAUUUUUAUUCCUAUAUUCUCCUAUUCAACUGACCCAGCCGUCCUUCACAGGACCAUCCACAUGGUGAAUAAUUAACCUCUACCAUUUUACUGCUUUUGAGAACUUGUUUAUAUGAAAUGUAAAAUCUCUGAAUGAAACUGAUAUAGGAUGUUGAAUAAAGGUUCUGGCCUUAUAUGUAAAAAUGA